AUGUCAAUUAAAGGGUUUAAAUCUGCCGCUAUAUUUGACGAGAUAAAAACCAAUGUUUCUAAUGAAAAACUUAAAGAAGAUGCUAUUAAAAAGGUCAAAGCCACAUUUGAAUUAAAAAUAAAGAAUUCAGAAGGAAAGGAACAAAUUUGGACCUUAGAUCUGAAGAAGGAAGGCUCUAUUCAAACGGGAAAAGGUUCUGCUAAACCCGAUAUCAUUAUGGAAAUGGAUGAUGACACUUUUGUACAAUUAGCUUCAGGGAAAUUGAAUGGUCAAAAGGCUUUCUUGUCGAGUAAACUCAAGAUCAAGGGCAAUAUGAUGUUGGCCACUAAAUUAGAUGGCGUAUUAAAGAGUUUGACAGGUCCUAAAGCCAAAUUGUAA